GGCAGAGAAAAGGAGGUGGAAGGAGAGGGGAGAGAAAAAAAAUGUCAUUAGAAGAGGCGUAACACGUCAGUCCCUACCCAGGUUUGUUUCCUGGAGUGGGUGUAAGACAUCAGUUGUAAACCUGCCCUAGCAGGAAUAGCGGUCCCUCCCUCCUCCCAACUAUUUCUGAGGCUUUUAUUUCUAAGGCUUUAUUAUUAUCACCGGUGGAAAAGGAUCCGCUCGCCAUCAUCCCCUCCUCGGCAGCUCCCAUCCGCAAGACGCUUCUGUCGCGCCGUCGUUUAAUAAGAAAAAAAACAAGCAGAUAUCACGCUGAAAAUCAAGGGAUCGAGUCCAUGCGAGCUGCCAUCUGAUCCCCCCUACCUCCUCCACCACUCUCCACACACUCUCACACUCACACACACACACAUCCACACACAAACACACACCUAUCAAUGAAGCAGGAGAUCAUGGCGGAUGGCCCCAGGUGUAAGAGGCGAAAACAAGCCAACCCGAGGCGGAAAAACGCAGCUCUCAACUACGAGAAUGUGGUGGAGACGGGCUCAGAGACGGAGGAGGAGGACAAGCUGCCCGUGUCCGAGGAGGACCCCCUGAUCAACGGCACGGGUAGCCCGGCAAGCCUCACCAACCCGGAGGCAUCGCCGCGCGCCGAGAGCCACGGCCUGCUGACCAAGGACGAAGAGGACGACGAGAUGCGGGACAGCGGUGUGGAGCACAUCUGGCCUGACAAUGACAUCCUGAGUGCCUCGGUCGAUGGUACUGAUGAAAUAAAAGAUGAUUUUGACGGCCUGGGGCCCGAAGCCACCUUGCAGGCAGUUGGAAACGGUACAGUCAAGAGCAUGGAUUGCACUUCAGAGCUGGAGGACUUCUUUGCCAAGCGAAAGCUGGACGACGGCGACAGCCACGUGGUGAGCAUCGCCGAGUACCUGCAGCGCGGCGACACGGCCAUCAUUUACCCAGAAGCCCCGGAGGAGCUGAGCCGGCUGGGGACGCCGGAGGCCACGGGGCCCGAGGAAAACGACCUGCCACCUGGAACGCCAGAUGCCUUCGCCCAACUGUUGACCUGCCCCUACUGCGACCGCGGCUACAAGCGCCUGACGUCGCUCAAGGAGCACAUCAAGUACCGCCACGAGAAGAACGAGGAGAACUUCGCCUGCCCCCUGUGCAACUACACGUUCGCCUACCGCACUCAGCUGGAGCGGCACAUGGCCACACACAAGCCCGCCAGGGAUCAGCACCAACUGCUCAACCAAGCGGCCGGCAACCGCAAGUUCAAAUGCACCGAGUGCGGCAAGGCCUUCAAGUACAAGCACCACCUGAAGGAGCACCUCCGGAUUCACAGCGGUGAAAAACCCUACGAGUGUCCCAACUGCAAGAAGCGCUUCUCCCACUCAGGCUCCUACAGCUCCCACAUAAGCAGCAAGAAGUGCAUUGGCCUGAUUGCCGUCAACGGACGCAUGCGCACCAACCUGAAGCCAGGCUCCUCCCCCACCUCGGCCUCUGCCUCACCGACCAACACUGCCAUCACCCAGCUGCGUCAGAAGAUCGAGAACGGCAAGUCGCUCGGCCUUGGCGAUCACGGGAACCACAUGAGCAUCAAAACGGAGCCUCUUGACUUUAACGAUUACAAGCUGAUGAUGGCGUCCCACGGAUUUGGCGCUCCUGUGCCGUUCAUGAACGGAGGGAUGGGAGGGAACAGCCCAAUGGGGGUCAACCACAACUCGACGGCUCAGAGUCCUCUGCAGCACCUGAGCAUGGCCGGGCUUGAAUCGCAGUUUGCGGGCUACCCAGGUCCGUUGGGGAACAACCUUAGCGAGGUGCAGAAGGUUCUGCAGAUUGUGGACAACACUGUGUGCAGGCAGAAAAUGGACUGCAAGCCAGAGGAGCUCUCCAAGCUCAAGGCCUACAUGAAGGAGCUGGGAAACCAGAUGGAGGAGCAGAAACAAGGGUUGACAUCGCAAGGGGGGCAUCAGGUCGGUCUUCCGCUGGUCAAUCACAACGGUGCCACCAAGAGCAUCAUCGACUACACGUUAGAAAAAGUGAACGAAGCCAAAGCCUGCCUCCAGAGCUUGACAACAGACUCAAAGAGACAGAUUAGCAAUAUCAAGCGAGAGAAACCCAACCACUUGCUCGAAGGAGGCGUGGACGAGAAGGUGCCGGAAAAUAUGUUUACACCGUACGCUUGUCAGUAUUGCAAAGAAACCUUCCCGGGGCCAAUCCCCUUGCACCAACAUGAACGCUACCUGUGCAAAAUGAACGAGGAGAUCAAAGCUGUGCUGCAGCCCAGUGAGAAUCUGAUGGCUAACAAACCAGGGAUAUUCAUGGAGAAGAACUGCCACGCCUCCAUUUUGUCAGAGAAGGGACUCACCGGCCCCCUCAACCCUUACAGGGACCACAUGUCUGUGCUGAAAGCCUACUUUGCAAUGAACAUGGAGCCCAAUUCAGAGGAGCUGCUCAAAAUUUCCAUAGCGGUUGGUCUUCCUCAGGAAUUUGUCAAGGAAUGGUUUGAGCAGCGAAAGAUGUACGAGUAUAGCACUACCAGGACCCCACCACUAGAGCACAGGAACAACUCAGAUAUGGUUCUCGGAACAAACAACCACCAAACUCCACCAAAAGACUCUAUGGCAGCUCGGUCGCCCGUGUCUCUUAUCAAACCUGCUGACCGCAUCACGUCCCCCUCCAUCGCGGAGCUCCACAACAACGUCAACAACUGUGACAACUCACUCAGACAUUUGAAGGGCCACCAGUUCGGUGGGAGCGCCAAGUCGGCAGGCGAAAAGUUGGACCACUCCCGCAGCAACACCCCGUCACCUCUAAACCUGUCCUCCACGUCUUCGAAAAACUCCCACAGCAGCUCUUACACUCCAAACAGCUUGACUUCGGAAGACCUGCAGGCCGAGCCGCUCGACCUCUCCCUGCCGAGACUCAUGAAGGAGCCCAAGCACGCACUGACUGUCAAAAGCAGGCCGAAAGUCAACAGCAUUACCAUCGACCACAACAGUAUCCCUUCCCCCCGAGAGCACUUCGAGGAGCCUCUGAACUUGGCCUAUCUCAAGAAGGAUUUCCCAGGCGCCACCAACAAUGGGAACCUUGAAAAAAGCACUAGCCCCAUCUUUGGCAUUAACCCGUUUGCUGCCAAACCCUUGUAUACGUCACUUCCACCCCAGAGCGCUUUCCCCCCUGCAACUUUCAUGCCCCCCAUGCAGGCCAGCAUACCAGGUCUAAGGCCCUACCCGGGCAUGGAUCAAAUGGGCUUCCUACCGCACAUGGCCUACACUUAUGCAGCAGGGGCAGCUACCUUUGCCGAGAUGCAGCAGAGGAGAAAGUACCAGCGAAAACCAGGUUUCCAGGGGGACCUGCUUGACGGUACACCAGAUUACUUGUCAGGGCUGGACGACAUGACAGACCCCGACUCCUGUCUGUCGCGGAAGAAGAUUAAGAAGACCGAAAGUGGUAUGUACGCGUGUGACUUGUGCGACAAAACAUUCCAGAAGAGCAGUUCCCUUCUAAGACACAAAUAUGAACACACAGGCAAGAGGCCGCACCAGUGCCAGAUCUGCAAGAAAGCCUUCAAACAUAAACACCAUCUCAUUGAGCACUCCCGGCUGCACUCGGGCGAGAAGCCGUACCAGUGCGACAAGUGCGGCAAGCGCUUCUCCCACUCGGGCUCCUACUCGCAGCACAUGAACCACCGUUAUUCCUACUGCAAGCGAGAGGCCGAGGAGCGGGAGGCGGCCGAGAGGGAGGCCCGCGAGAAGGGCCACCUGGAGCCCACCGAGCUGCUGAUGAGCAGGGCGUACUUGCAGGGCAUGACUCCUCAGGGCUACCCGGCGGAGCUGGCGGAGCGCGAGGCCAUCCUGAGGCACGACGGCGUGAACGGCGGGAUCAGGGCGGAGGGACGGAAGGAAGUGGACGGAGCGUACGCGAAGAUAGGACGCAGGGACGAGUUUGAGGAGGAGGAGGAGGAGGAGAGCAAGAGCAUGGACACGGACCCGGACACGUUGAGGGACGAGGAGGAGAACGGGGAGCACUCCAUGGACGACAGCUCGCUGGACGGCAAAACGGAAACCAAAUCGGAUCACGAGGACGCGAUGGAGGACGGCAUGUAGUGGCGCGAGGAAGGACUGGGGUGAGGGGCGGGCGGGUUGUGGGCGGGGGGACACUUUUUUUUUUAAGGAAGCUUCCCAUCUUAAAGGUUUUCAGUUCGUCUCUUUCGGUUCAGUAUUCUCACCUGCUCGGUUUAAAACGCCGUGUUUUAAGCUGCACGUGCCUGAAGCUUCCGGGAAGCUGUCUGUCGGGGGACGACGACGUCCGCUGAACGGGACGGGGGACUCCGAAAUCAACCCGAAGGACGGGUGGGGGGUUGGGGGGGGGAGGGGGUGCGGGUUUGUGAAAUAAGCUGCAUUAUGCAAACCGAACAACAAAUAAAUGCAUAAAAAAAUGUACAGUACUAAGGCCUAAAACAACGUGUGGUGCUAACCUCCUGUGUUCCAUAGUAUUUAUAGCACAACUAGUGACUUGUACAAAUUGCACUCCGCUUCUAUAAUCAUGAACAAAAAUAAUAAAAAGUAUUGCCUAUGUAUAUAUUUAUACAGUGUUGGAAAAAGAGCAGUAUUAGCUGCACUGCAGUCCUUCAGUAUUACCACCUACCUUUUUUGUUUUGUUUCUUCAUUUCUUGAAACAUCUCCAGCCGCACUGUUUUAGGCCUCUUGAAUUGAAUCAAAUGAAGGAAUUUAAACUGUGUUUCGAUUUGUUUCUGUUGUUUUAAAGAAGUUUUAAAGAGACCUUCGUUUUAAGGGAAAAUUUAUGGAAAGGAGCGCUUUGUUGGAGGGGAGGGGGGGUAAAAAGAAGAAGAAGAAGAAAAAAAAUGAAGGACGAAGCCUUUGUAAGGUGUUUUUUGAUAAGAAAAAAAAGAAGCCUUAUAUGCAAACCUUUUAACCUGUGUGUUUUUUCUGCAAGUGCCACCCUCGUAUUGUGUAAAAGGACGGUUCGGUUUCUUAUUUCGUUUGUUUUUUUGUUUCCUCCUUCUUCGUCACCAGCUUCAGUAUUAUGAUGAGAUGGCUCACCGUUGUUCUCCGAAGCACCCGUGUCAGUAUUAAAGACGUAUAGGCAGCCGUUUUCCUUUAGUUUACAUUUCGUUGUGCAAUGUUCUCUCAGCUCUUUUUUUUUUUCUUUUGAAACUCUCUCAGUAUUACAACCAAACCGUUUUUUUUUUCCUUUUUUGAUUAUUUAUGUGGCCCAUUUUAUAUUUCCUAAUUUUAUUUAUUUCAUACUGUUGUGUACAGUACUAUAGUUCUUCAAUAUAUAGAUAUAUUUUAGUAAAAAGGAACAUGUUGUCGAUCAUAGGGGCAAAUUUUACGUAAAAAAAAGAGCAUUUAUUGUGUUUUGAAACAUUGUGAAGUUUUAUUCUUAUUUUAUUUUUGUUUUGUUUUGUUUUUUUUUCUUUUACUUUCCAGUUACUGGGAAAAAAAAUCCAAAAUUUGGGAACUUUUAUACAAUUGUGAAAACACUGUAUUUUCGACUGAAAAGAAAAAAAAAUUCCACUUUCUUCAUCUUUGUUUUCUUUUUUUAAGCUGAAAAAAACAAUGAAGAGGGACUGUUAAAUACUAUGUAUGAUAUGAUGACUGAAGAAGAAAUCUUUCCUGAAAUGUCUUUGUAAAAGUAUUAUGGAUUCUUAAUUUGUAAUUUUCUCUUGAAGAUGACCCUGCUCGAAUAAAAAGUAGCCAAAUUACAGAGUA